CAAUUAACUAAUGAUAUUUAUUAUUUAAUAUUAUAUUACUAAUAUAACUGCAAUAAAGAUUUUAACUUAGUGUUUUAUAAACUAUUAAUUAAUAUUAUAUAACUAUAGUAAUUAAUAAUUAUCAAAUAAUAAUGACAGAUAUGCGAGUUUGAUGUACAAGACUGAUUUAUUUCAUAAAAAUAAUACAUUAUAAUAUACCUAUCACUCAUUUUUACAUUAAAAUAUUUUUGAUUUCUUUAAUAAUUUAUAAUAAUUUUUUAAUCUUCAGAAAUGGACAAUACUGCCUUGGAACGGAAAUUGAAUAGCAAAACUGCUGCUCUCACAGUAUUAAGUGAAGAAUUAGAAAAAUGUCGAAUAGAACGUGAUAAUUUGAAAAUAAUUUUGGAAAACAAAAUGUUACAUAAUACAUACAAUAGAAAUUACCAGUUGAAUUACGAUAAGCUUGUGAAUCAACUUAGAGAAGAAAAUAAGAUUUUGAGAUUAGAAGCAGAGGAUAUACGUCAAAAAUUACAAGAUGCUCAAGGUGACAACCAAGUAUUAAGAACUGGUGGUUUUGUCAAGGAUUGUAUUAAUACAAUAUUAACAAGCUCUGAUAGUAAAGAAGAAUUAGUUAAAAAUUUAGAAAUAAUACAUUCAAAGUAUCAGCAAUUAAAGCUUGAUUUUGGUUUAUUACUGGAUGACAAACAAGAAUUAAUCACUGAGCGAGAUGGAGUUAGAAGUAAAAUAAGACGAUUAAAUUAUCAAUUAGCGGCUUCUUUAAAUGCCAACAAAAAUCAAUGUAUAUUAGAUAUCGAUAGUAUAUUAUUAGAAAACAAGUAUUUAAAUGAAAGACUGCAGUUAGAGAUCGCUGAAAAGGAAAUGUUAAGAAAAACAAAUUCAUUAUACCAGAACACAUCAAAAACAAAUGAUGAUUUAUCUUUAUUAUCUGCUAAUAAUUCAAUAACCCGUAAAGUACUAGCUUGCAAACAAAUGCAACAAAUUUUGGAAACCGGUAACCUUCAAGCUUUGUUUUCAAACAGCACAACACUAGCGGAUUUAAGAAAAUUAUGCCAGACAUUAUUUGAAGCGUUGCAAGAUAAAAGUAUAGCACUUAAUCAUCAGAAGAAGACAAAUAAAGUAUUAGCUAAACGAUUAGAAGACUUGGAAAAUAAAUUGAAAACAAUUAACCACGGGGAAGCCAUUAUGUCACCUUCAUUGGUUUUGUUGAAUGAAUGUUCAAAUACAUCUGAUGAAACUGAUAUCGAAACAAGUUCUAUUGAUGAAUCAAAUACUUGCUUAAUUUAUAAAGAAGAUGAAUCUAUAAUUAAAAAUAUUAAUUUUGAUAAAUAUCCUAAUGAAAUGAAUACUCUACCAAAAAAUUUGCAACAACUUGUUUCUGAGGCUAUGCAAACAAUAACCAUUGAUUCAUCUAAUCACUCUAAUCCUUCUACUUCUACCAAAGCUUGUCUUAGUUCUACUUCAGAUAUAAAUAUAUAAUUAAUGUAAUACUUCAUAAAAUAUAAUGUUUCGUAUUUUUAUUUAUACUAAGUAUUAUUGUACAAAGAAACUAGUUUAUUAGUACUUAAUUUAAAAUAAAGUCUUUUUGCUCUUUGUGUUUUAAA